AAAAUAUCGGCACUGCCUUCGUCGUCGCCACUCGCCAGUAUCAUCCGCCUCAAGUUGGACAAUCCGAACACCGCGACCAAUCGAGUAAAAAAGUUGAGUAAUGCUCGCUUCCUGCGUCGCCGCCUCCAUCUCGUCUGCAUUAGUUUCUCGGUCGUUUUGGGCAGCGGGCCGGCGAACCCUAUCGGCCCCCACAUCUUCCGCUCUCCGAAACUGCCGCCGCCGCAGCAGGAAGAAGGACCAGUGGUGGGCUCCAAAGGCAAAGAUCGUUCUUCCCCGUGCCUCGGAAGCUAAUGUCAUUCCCACAGAAAGAAGAGCUUCGGCUGAUGGGCAUACAGAAUACAGUCGUUUACUUCCAUGUCCCUCACACAAUAUGGUACCUAGAAUUGAGCACCUUGUAGUUUCUGAAGAUGGAAAUGUUCUUGAUUAUAUCAGCAAAGCUUUGCGUCUCCCUUCUAAGUAUGUUGCAGAUCUAAUUCAAUUUGGGGCCAUCCACUAUGCUUUGGUUUGCCCAAAACCUCCUCCAACCGCUACUCCUGAGCAAGUUAAGAUCUACAGGGAAGUCACGGAAGCAUCAGUUCUGCAAAGGAGGUCUUCUCUCAAAGGGAAAACUGUAAGAGAAGCCCAGAAAACAUAUAGAAUUGCAGAUGCAAAUGCGUUUGUUGAAGCCGGAACUUACCUUCGUGUUCAUGUGCACCCAAAAAGAUUCCCAAGGUGCUAUGAAAUUGAUUGGAAGUCUAGAAUCAUAGCUGUAACAGAUUCCUAUGUGGUUCUUAACAAACCAGCCGCAACUUCGGUAGGAGGAUCAUCUGAUAACAUAGAAGAAACUUGUGCAACAUUUGUUUCUCGUGUUCUAGGACUAGAUACUCCUUUGAAGACCACUCAUCAGAUAGAUAACUGCACGGAAGGCUGCCUUGUACUGGCAAAAACAAAGGAAUUCUGUUCUGUUUUCCAUGGGAUGAUUAGGGAAAAACAGGUGAAAAAGCUUUAUCUUGCCCUUACUGCUGAACCCGUACCAACUGGAAUAAUAUCUCAUUACAUGCGGCCAGUGAACCUUGCUCCCAGGCUUGUUUCACGAGAAUUUAUUGAAGGUUGGCAUCUGUGUCAGCUGGAGGUCUUGGAAUGCAAGGAGGUUCCCUGGCCAAAUACUGAUGUUGUGAAAACACACAAAAUUGAAGACUGUGAAUGGCCUUCAAAGAAGACUGCCUAUGAAUGUAAGAUCAACCUGUUAACAGGGAAAACACAUCAGGUGAGAGCCCAGUUAGCCGCUAUCGGCGCACCGAUAAUUGGGGACUUGAUGUACAUGCCUGCUGCGUUGGCUGCAAAUUCUAAUCCUCUCAUUAAUCCAUUUGACAAGCAGAGAAAGGAGUGCUCAAGCGAUGGUGACAAAUUGGCUGCAGCGGUAGAGUGGAUUUCAUGCCAUGGCAAGGAACCCAAUUCUGCAAUUGGGCUGCAAGCAUCUCAGAUCUCAUGGAAUGAUGGGAACUGUUCUUAUGAGGCUGGGCCUCCAUGGUGGAUUGUUAAAAAACAAAUCUGAUGAGUAGUUCAGUACAGGUUAUGAGCCUUUGUAGUUCAUAAAUAGUUUCUAUUUAUUAGAUUUUUAUUAGGUACAAACUGAAUUAUUCAUGAAGACUAAGAGAAAAAAUUUUGAAAGGGUUUUGAAAA